ACGUUCUCGAAAGCAGUGCACCUAAUAUGGUGAGCACAUCUUAACCAAUGACUUGCGAGCGGUAAUCGAUUGGAACCCGGCCUGUCCCGUGGCCCUGCUCAGAGCUGCCAGGAUGGCAGGUGAUAUGGUUGUCUGGUUGGUUGGUAUGUGGCUGUCUAUGGUCCCGUGACCUAUGCUGAGUCUAAAAAUAAAACCCAGAGGAUGGUUUAACCCAUAUGUCCCAUUACGUCAACUUCCAUGAAACAACUCUCCAUCAACUCUCACUCAGCAGGCAGACGGGAGCCUGGCACCAUAACUGAGCUUUGUUGCUUCUUGGGUGACAGGAAAACUUGGAAACAAUGUGUCCCUGAGACCCAUUUCUAGGGCCCAGAAUAGAUACAACUGUCUGCAGCAACUUGUGAGGGUGCCUGAUCUCACCCAAACAAUACUGGCGUACAAUUUCGCCUCUCUCCGGAUAUAAUGCUGUUGCUACCUUGACUACCUUUAGGACAAUCGUCCUAUGCACGUUAUAAACAGAUAGUGCUUCUUCCUCGAUUUGCUCUGCUCAUCAAUAUUUCUGAAGGAUAUGGGUAACGGAAUAAACAAGAUCCUGCCAGGCCUUUAUCUGGGGAACCUGAAAGAUUCUCAAGACAAGGAUCUGUUAGCCAAGUUCAACAUCACACACAUCCUCUCCAUCCACGACACAGCCAAACCCGUCCUCGAGGAUAUGAAAUACCGUUGUAUAUCUGCUUCAGAUCACCCCAAGCAAAACUUGAUGCCAUACUUCAAGGACAGCAUCGUCUUCAUCCACGAGUCUCGACUGCAGGGAGGAGGCUGUCUAGUCCACUGUGUGGCGGGGGUGUCCCGCAGCGUCACCCUGGUGGUGGCGUACCUCAUGACGGUGACGGGCCUGGGCUGGGUGGACUGCCUGGCUGCAGUCAGGGCUGCCAGGCCCUGCGCCAGACCAAACCUGGGCUUCCUGCGGCAGCUGGAGGAGUAUGAAAAUCUAGACCUGGCCCAGUAUAGGACAUGGUGGACGGAGCAGUUUGGGAAGAACCCGUUCAACGACCACGAGGAAAUCAAGGCUCUUUUGGACCGGAAAUCCCAGGACAACAGUGACGCCAUGGCAACCAGUAUAGUGGCGCCUAUGGCAACCAGUAGAACCUAGUGUUCAUCAACUACCAUCCAAUGCAGUCAUGCAUGGAUGUAGGAGGGGCCUGACCUUGCCAGUGUGUGUGUGUGUGUGUGUGUGUGUGUGUGUGUGUGUGUGUGUGUGUGUGUGUGUGUGUGUGUGUGUGUGUGUGUGUGUAUGUGUGGGUGUGUAUGUGUUUAUAGAUACAUACAAAAUGGUAUUCAAAUAUUGUCUUGAAAAACAAUAAUUCUCUGACAAAACCGGUUUUCAUUGUGUAAUGGCGUGUUAUUAAUCAUUCAUUUAUUUUGAUAUUUUGAGAAUAGGCCAGAGAAGAGACUGUGGUUAGACAGCUCCUAACAUCGAAACAACAUGCUAGAGCAGUCAAGGUUAACAUCAAGAAUUGUUUUUCUUUGUAGAUUGGAAAGCGAGAUGUUAUAGGUUAUACACGGUUAUAUCACUUGUAGAAUAAUCAAUUAAUCGUGAAACAUGAGUCAUUUAUUAAAGUGGACGUCUGUCCAAUCGGC